AACGGCGCCAUGUUGUGGAACGGUCUUGGAUUUGUGUUGUUAUUGAGCGCUGUCGAUGUAGUAGGGGCGUGCACCACUAGUUGGCAGUGCACCGUCAUAAUGCACUGUGGAAUUGGGAUAGGCGAGUGUUGGAAAGGACAGUGUCGGUGUCCACCCGUGAAGCGGUCAGAGGUCGAAGAGAAAAGAUUCCUGUCUUCCUGUAAAAACGAUUUUGAAUGUUCGGCUCUCAUGGCCUGCUUAGUUGGUCGACCUGUGUGUAGAAAUGGCGGUUGUGCCUGCUCGUCGGGUCUUAUCAAUCUCCCAGCUGAAAUUCAAGAGCGCAGAUUCCUGCCUUCGUGUCAAAACGACUUGGAGUGUUUGUCUUCCAUGACUUGCUUUGUCGGUCGACCAGUAUGCAGCAAUGGGGGCUGUGCUUGCUCUUCUGGUCUGAUUAGUCAACCAAUCAAAAGAAAAGAACCCCGUGCAAUGUGUCACACGGACGUGGAAUGUUCCAUCAGAAUGCUGUGUUUCGUUGGCUCUGCAAAGUGUACAAACGGCGUCUGUGCUUGCCCUGGAUUAAAGAGGUCUGAAAACAAAGAGAAACGCUCUUGUGGCAGCAGUUUUGAGUGCAUGUUGAGGACGGACUGUUUCCUUGGACAAGCCCGUUGCGAUAAUGGAGUCUGUUCGUGUUCAAAGAUCCCUGUGAUGGAAAUGGGGGCACCCCUGAGGAGUAACGGGAGAUUACUGUUACAAAAAAGUAUGAAGAUGAAUGCAAAGACACUGGUAUCACCGCUUGUUGGGCAAUUGCACCAACCAGUGUCAAACUAUGGACUCGUACAUUGGCCAUAA